AUGUCCUCCACACAAACAGUCACCCUGUCCUCAGCGACCGAGCCGGCCUCGUCGGUCUCUGUGCAGACUAGAGGUUCGGCUCUCAAUGCCGUCUCUUCCGAUGGACAGUUGAACUACAAGCGGAUCCAUCACAUCCCUUGGCCUGAGACUAAGGAAGCCCAGCGGCGCUGGCAGCUAGAGCAAAUGGCUGGUGCCUUUCGCCUAUUUGCCAAGCUUGGAUACGCGGAUGGAUGCAGUGGACAUAUCAGCCUCAGAGAUCCCGUAGAGCCCAAUACAUUUUGGAUCAACCCUUAUGGCGUGCAUUUCGGCAUGCUCAAGGUGUCUGACAUGGUGCGUGUCGAUGCCAACGGCAACCGCAUCGAUGGCGGCAAUCGUCCCAUCAACACUGCAGGCUUCAUCAUCCACAGCUCUAUCCAUGAGGCCCGGCCGGACAUCAACGCGGCUUGCCACAUGCACAGUCCCUACGGCCGAGCCUGGUCGACCUUCGGCCGUCCUAUCGACAUGUUCAACCAGGACAGCUGCAUGUUCUACAACGAUCUCUCCGUCUAUGCGGGCUUUGGCGGUGUUGUGUUGGCUCGUGAGGAGGGCGGCCGUAUCGCCGCUCACCUCGGCCCUCGGAACAAGAACAUCAUCCUGCAGAACCAUGGCCUUCUUACGUGUGGAGGGACUGUGGCGGAGGCGGCCGGUUUCUUCGUGGCUUUGGAGCGUGCUUGCCAGACGCAGCUGUUGGUUGAGGCGGCCGUGGCACCCAACAGUCUCGGAGCGUCGCGCGGUCUACAGCCUACGCUAGUGAGCGAUGAAGAAGCUGAGUACACAAAGCAGGGAACCGGCACUCCGGGGGUCAUGUACAUGCAGUUCAUGUCCGAGUAUGAUCUCUUGUUGAAGGAGACCAAGGGAGAGUUCCUCGAAUAG